AUGUUUAAAAUAAAGAAAUUAUUAAAUAUUAAAAAUGGAUAUAUAAGAUGUUAUUCUUGGAAUAGUGAUAGAUCAAUUUUAUCUUCAAAUGUUAAUAAUAAUAUUUUAAUAUAUUCAUUAAAUAUUAAUAAUAAUAAUAAUGAUAAUGAAGAAGAUGAAGAAUGGAUAUUAGAAUAUGAGUUAUGUCAACAUGAUAGAAUGGUAACAUCAUUAGAUUGGUCAGAGAAAAACAAUUGUAUACUAUCGUGUUCCGAAGACAAGUUGGCUUGCUAUUGGAGAUACGAUCAGGCUACCCGUCGAUGGCUGCCGAGGAUAACGACCGUUCGUGUAUCAAAGUCGUGUGAGCAACUCGCUUGGAGUCCCCUGGGAAACAAGUUUGCACUGACCACCGCUGAGAACACUCUGAUGAUUCUCUUUAACACCGGCGAAUCCGAUCAUUGGCUGUCACAUCGAUUCGGUCCGUCCAACUCGAGAGUUCGCGCCAUCGCUUGGAAUCCCGUGAAUAACAACAUGCUGGCGUGUGGCAACGCCCGAGGUGAACUGUACAUCUACAACGCCUACAUCUCGACGGUCGACCGACUACUGCCAAACAAAAUCGGUAACUUCCAACUAAUAACGAAAAUGAGUGAUUCCGCAACUGAUGGUUUCAUUCAAUCGAUUGCAUGGUCGCGAGACGGUGUAUUCUUGGCAUACAGUUCGCAAGCAUCGAAACUAACGAUAAUACAGCUACUCAGUCAAUAUGAAUUCAAGAUCAUCGCAACGAUAAAACUACCGACUCUGCCGAUAUGCGAUAUGAUAUUCAAAGAUAACAGUAAAGAGUUAAUCGCAUUGACAUUCGACUAUCAAUUACUUAAAUUUACAUACUCACCGACUACCAAUCAAUGGUCUAUAACUGAUAUCGUAGAUAGCGGUGAUCAUCUAUUUCAUCCAAAGAUUAGAUACUAUCAUGAGAUAGAUGGUGAACAAUACUAUUCGAUACAAUCAUCGAUUGAUGGUUGCUUAGCAAUCAUUUCAAUAUAA